UAUAUGCAUGCUGCCAUUAUCAAACUUACAGUACCAUCUAAACCUACAUCACACACAGAAAACACAGACAUAUGGAGUAUGUCACACAAGAGAAAAGGCUCUAUUCAUAAUGAAUACAGUAUGCACAGAGCGUAAAGUUUAGUCACUUGAUUACCAAUGAGAAUGAGGCAAAAUAGAGCACAACAAGGAGAGAUCAUAGAAGUCGAAGGUGGUCGAAUCGUUCGAUCCCUCGGACGAAAAGACCGACACAGCAAAGUCUGCACCUCAAAGGGUCUAAGGGAUCGGCGUGUUCGGCUAGCAGCUGACACCGCAAUCCAGUUUUACGACGUGCAAGAUCGUCUUGGCUAUGAUCGGCCCAGCAAAGCCAUUGAUUGGCUCAUGAAAGAAGCGAAAACUGCUAUUGAUGCACUCAAUAAUGGGCACCAUGAUCAUGACUUGCUUACAACUUUUCUCAAUACCUCUGCGGCAUUUCAUCGAACAUCUGGUGAGCGGAACCAGCAGGUUUCAACUCACAACCAAAUCGGAAGUUUCAACAACUACCCAUUGGAGUUUAUCAGUUCAAGAAACAAACGCCAUGAAAACCCAAUCGAAGAACUUAUUAUCCCAAUGGAUUUCACAUGGAAUCCGAGUUACAAACCGGGAGAUGGCUUUGCAGUUGUUGAUAGGGAACCCCUUCAGUCCAGUUCUCCUGCAACGAUUCAAACAUUCAACAAUGAAUUUGUAGAUGACGAAUCGUUCUUGGGAUUCGAUUUUCAGCAAGAAAAUCAUCUUCAAGAGGAGGAAAAUCGUAAUCUUUUGUCGAAAAACUAUCGAUUUUCUGGAACUUCAAUCUUGCAUUAUGAAGAUCAGCAACAAAGCUAGAUUCCCUGUCAAAUUCCUAAUCAUGGAAAAUGAUGAAGAAGAUGAAGGGAAAUAUCGAGAUUAUCUGAUAUAUAAAAAACGGGUAUGCAUCAUCUGCCGGAGCAUUUCCAUUGUACUGGUUUUAUGGUUAUCAGAGGAAGAUUAUCUAAAUAAAAGAAAACUGGG